UUUAUAGAGGAUUGGGUGAAAAUUGGAUUACCUGCCAAAGCAAAGGUGCUAGCUGAACAUGGGGAUAAAACUUUUGAAGAGCAAGUCAAAUACUGUGAGAAGGAAGCUGUGAAUGUAUCACUAGCCAAUUUGCUUAUGUACCCAUUUGUGAGCGAUGCUUUGGUGAAUAAGACUUUGGCGUUGAAUAGAGGUUACUAUGAUUUCAUGAAAGGAAGAUUUGAGCUCUGGGGACUCAACUUCGGUCUUUCUGAUCCUUGUUAUAUAUAAACUCAAU